AUGGAUUUUCGGAUACACUCCUCACGGCUUCGGCUUCACAGAAGAAUGAGCAAGAGGUACGACCGGUGUCUACGCUUUGCGAGAUGCUUAUUGUCAGGCGCCGCAAUUCCGGACGGUGUUUAUGAAAAUGUGCUCGAUUCUGAGGGCAGUUUCGAACGGAUAUGCCGGCUGAUAAACGAUUAUAUGGAACUCGAGCAGCACCCAUCAUUUCACGGGCCAACGCUGAAGCGAAUCCUCGAAAAGGCCGUUGAACUUGACCUCACGCUCCCUGACGCUUGUUAUUCAGGCGUUUUUGAGGCGAAAAAUAUCGCCAGGAGCUUCAUAAAAACAUUUUUCCCGAGCCUCACGACAUUUCCGGAGCUCCAAAAAUCGAUUUCCGGGUAUCCGGAGUCUACGGAAUUGCUGCAAAUUCAAGAAGAAAAUGUUCACAUCAGAAAUGGGACGACUGGGCUGAAGACUUGGCCGGCCGCUCACGAUCUCGCGUAUUUGGCUUCGCUACUACAGUUAUCGGGCAACAUUUUGGAGCUGGGCGCCGGAUGCGGGUUGGCCGGGCUUUCCAUCGCCAAAUCAAGGUCCCAGGCCAAUAUUUUGCUCACCGACUACCACAAUGACGUUCUAGAGCGCCUGGAAGCAAAUGUUCGGCGGAAUCGGUUAAAAAACGCCCAAACCCGGCUCCUGGAUUGGGAAGAUAAAGACGACCGAUCAUUUUUGCAGAGCUACGCUCCGGAUGUCAUUAUAGCUUCUGAUGUACUCUACGACCCAUCACUUUUCAAGCCGCUUUGCGAGACGCUGGUCGCCUGUUUUCAAGCUUCUCCCUCUGCUUUUGCCAUCUUAGCCUCAACGAUUCGGGUACCGGAAACGAUCCAGGAAUUCGUCACGGAAUUGGGCCGCAACCGCCUGACCGUCGUUGAGGACGUCACCUACGAAAAUGGCCGGGUUUUCAAGAAGAGCUCCACUUCGAGACGACGUUCCCGUGCAUCCGCGAGAAGUUCUGCAACACCACGCUUUUUAUGCGAAUUUUCGAAGCUAAAAUUAGCGUCGCCGCUGAAAGCCGAACGGGGAAAG